GCGGAAGUAGAGUCAUCACUCUGCGCCUGUACCGCGGACACACACGCUGCUGCCGGCCCGGUGCACGAGUACCCGUGUGUGAGGCUCCCGCGGCGGCACCAUGGUGCGGAAGCUGAAGUACCACGAGCAGAAGCUGCUGAAGAAGGCGGACUUUAUCAACUGGGAGGUGGACAACAACGUCCGGGAGGUGCGAGUGCUGCGCAAGUUCCGCCUGUCCCGGCGGGAGGACUAUACCGUGUACAACAAGCUGAGCCGGGCGGUGCGGGAGCUGGCGCACAAGAUCUCCGAGCUGGACGAGAAGGAGCCGUUCCGGGUGCAGAGCACCGCCCGCCUGCUGGAGAAGCUCUACGCCCUGGGCCUGCUCCCCACCCGGCAGAACCUGCAGCUCUGCGACACAGUCUCGGCCUCGUCCUUCUGCCGCCGGCGGCUGCCCAGCAUCGUGGUGAAGCUCCGCAUGGCCCAGAACCUGAAGACCGCUAUCACCUUCAUCGAGCAGGGGCACAUACGCGUGGGGCCCGAGGUGGUGACGGACCCGGCCUACCUGGUGACCCGCAGCAUGGAGGACUUCGUCACCUGGGUGGACUCUUCCAAGAUCAGGCAGCACGUCAUGGAGUACAACGAGGAGAGGGAUGACUUUGAUCUGGGUGCGUAGCAGCGCCCUGACUCCCCUCCCCGGACACAUGUGCUGCGAUGCCGAGCCCUGUCUGAGUGUCUGCGCUGUCACCUACAGAACAGGCGUGCUUACAUGCUGGCGAUCUCUCUUCUCACGAGCAGCUGGCUACAUGUUUCUUGUACAUUUCAGAACUAGUUUGUGAGAAUAAAAAGAACUGACAUUCAUACUAA